GAUGUAGACAUAUUGGCAUGGAGAGAUAGAGAGUCCCACAGGCACAGACAAUAACCCUUAAAAACUCUCUCUCUUUUCUCUUUCCUUUUCUUCACUCAAAAGACCAGUAAGGGACAAGAUCCCGGAAAGGCGAGCCAGCGUCAGACUCAGUUUUCCCUUUUGCUUUCUCACUUUCAUCUCAUUCAUCAUCAUCCUCAUCAUCAUCUUUCGCCACCCAACCAACCUCAAAGCUCUCUCCUUUCUUAGUUUCACCCAUACCCAGAUGGCUGCUCACCCUGUCUCGGAUCUCUGUCCUUUCUUUCACUGAAAAAGCUUCUAUUUUUGGUCUCUGGAGCUGGUGGGGUUCCCCCAUUGAAGGAGGAUGUACCCGAGGCUCAUACACCCCCAUGAUGGAAUUGUGGCGCAGGAUGACAUCCAGGCUGCUGCUUCCAACCUCUCUCACUCUCACAAGGGAGACCCUUGUCUCGUUCUCACUGCUGAUCCCAAACCUCGCCUUCGUUGGACUCAGGACUUGCACGAACGAUUCGUUGAUGCCGUCACACAGCUUGGGGGAGCAAGUAAAGCUACACCAAAGGCAAUCAUGCGGACCAUGAAUGUCAAGGGUCUGACUCUGUUUCAUUUGAAGAGUCAUCUGCAGAAAUACAGGCUUGGUAAGCAAUCUGGGAAAGAUGUUGGUGAAGGAUGCAAAGAUGGAAUAUCAGGUUCAUAUCUUUUAGAAAGCCCUGGCACUGAGAACACUUCUCCAAAGCUGCCAACUUCCGACACAAACGAGGGAUAUGAAAUCAAGGAGGCAUUGAGAGCACAGAUGGAAGUGCAGAGUAAGUUACAUUUGCAAGUGGAGGCAGAGAAGCAUUUGCAGAUUCGGCAAGAUGCAGAGAGGAGAUACAUGGCCAUGCUUGAAAGAGCUUGCAAGAUGUUGGCUGAUCAAUUUAUUGGUGCUACAGUUAUAGACACUGACAGCCAAAAGUUUCAAGCAAUUGGAAGCAAAACACCUAGAGGUACUUUGGUUGAUCCUCUUGGAUUUUACUCCUUGCCAUCAGCUGAGGUGGCCGGGGUGAAUGUUCCAGAUGAAGAAAUAGCACCUAGUCUCCCACCCCAAAGGGCUGAUUGUUCAACUGAAAGUUGUUUAACCUCACAUGAAAGUUCUGGAGGAUUGACUUUAGAAGGAUCUACCGGUGGGGGAAAAAGAAGGAUGCUAGGCAUGGACUCCAUGGCAGCUCCUUUGAUCUGGAGUGAAGCUAAGAUGAGAACUCAGGCCAUCAAUGUGGCCCAAGGUAGUCAUCCUCAAGGAAUAACUAGGUAUGGCAUGUAGGGAUGGUUCAUCCUCUCAUCAUCUUCCUUUGCCCUUCAUUCGUUCCUUUUUCUUUACAGGUACAUGAACUCAUGUCUUGUAAGUUAGUAGUGAGACAUAGGUGGAAUCAAUUUUACCCUUUUGUAAAUUCAAACUUCUCUCUGCCUUUAAGCAUUGCAAAAAUCUACCUCCGACUAUACAAAAUUUGUGUGUUUCAAUGACUUUUAUGGAUGAACUCUUCAAAGAA